GGCGUGGUGGUGGGCCGCGCAGGAGCGCGGUCGGUCGGCCGGCCUGAGAGGGGCAGCCGCCGCCGCCGCCGCCGCCGGGCCCGGAGAUGACCCAGCAAGGGGCUGCCCUGCAGAGCUACAACAACGAGCUGGUCAAAUGUAUCGAAGACCUCUGCGCCAAGCGGGAGGAGUUGAGCAAGCAGAUCCGCCAGGAGGAGGAAGAGAAGACCAAGCUGCAGAACGACAUCCGCAUCCUGACCGAGAAGUUGGCCCGGGUGAAUGAGAACCUGGCCCGCAAGAUGGCCUCCCGGAACGAGUUCGAUAAGACCAUCGCCGAGACCGAGGCCGCUUACAUGAAGAUCUUGGAAAGCUCCCAAACGCUGCUUAACGUCCUGAAAAAGGAAGCAGGAAAUCUCAGCAAAGCCACAGAAGCAAAAAGCACCACAGCUAAAGAGAGCUGAAUGUUUGGACUCCAAGUGAUCUCAGAACUAGUCUUUGAGAGGAUGUCUCCAGGUUCAUUUGUAGUUAGGCCAAUGUUUAAUAAAGGGUUUUGGGUUUUUUUUUGUUAAA